CCAUGAUCAGUCACUUAGCAUCGCAAAGCCCGGAGGACAGGGCACUUCAUUCGCUCCAUCCGUGGAUAUGAUGCCAGAGCCUUGCAGAUUUCUUGUUAACAGUUGCACGAUGUCUUGUAGCGUCAAAGCGGCGCGCUUUUGUCAGCUCGUGGUCCUUGGAUGAAGCCGAGCAGCAGCUGUUCGACGUAUAUUAAGGGCCCAUGCCUCCAGCUCUUCGAUCAAACUCUUCAUCAAACAAAUGUCCCAACAAUCAAAGCAACAACAGCAACAAGCUCAAUCCCACAGGUUUCUCAAAUACCUUCAUAUCGGAAACUCACAUAAAACAAAUCGUUCCGCACCUACACCAGAAGAUUUAUCACCAGCAAUCCAACCUGACACAAUGGCCUCGCAGUCUUUGAAGGGAAAGGUCGCCAUCGUCACCGGCGCCGGAAAGCCAAACGGCAUUGGUGCCGCAAGCGCAAUUGCAUUCGCCGAACAAGGUGCUAAUGUCGCUAUUCAGUACAACAGCUCUGCAGGACCUGCGGAAGAGACCGUCGCCAAGCUCAAGAGUCUGGGGGUGAAGGCUGUUGCCAUCCAAGCCGACGCUGGAGCCGCCAACUUUGGCAAGGUGCUCGUCGACGCGACAUUGAAGGCCUUCAACACCAACACCAUUGACAUCCUUGUGAACAACGCGGGAACGGCAGUGGUCAAUGGAGAAGGUAUCUCCUCCGUGGGACUCGAAGACUGGGACGCGGUGUUCCAUGUCAACGUCCGUGGUCCAUUCUUGUUGAUCCAAGCCGCUCUGCCAUACAUGAAGGCUGGUGGACGUAUCGUCAACGUCGGCAGUGUUAUUGCGAGACUUGGUUCUGGAAUGUUGCCAGUAUAUGGCGCCUCGAAAGGAGCUUUGACGGCUCUGUCGGUCGCUUUGUCGGAUGAACUGGGACCAAAGGGGAUCACAAUCAACACCGUUGCGCCGGGUCCAAUCAAGACGGACCUGAGUAUGGAAGGCUCUCCUAUCGGGGCCAGGCUCCGAAACAACCAGCACAUCAAGCGUGAGGGUACUGCGCAAGAGGUGGCUGAGUCUAUCUUGUUCAUCGCAAGCCCUGGUGCAUCUUACAUUACCGGACAACUGCUCGGAGUGGAUGGUGGGAUCAGCUUCCCUUGAGAAAUAGGUAGUAAAAGACAUGGCGAGAUCAUGGAGCACGUAGCUAGUAAUGACUGAUAGAAUCAAAGAUGUUUUC